GAGCGGGAGACAUCGGAAGAUAUUCGGGGUUGCGCUUGUCAGGCUAAGAAGCUAGAUUGUUAGCGGGCAUUUGAGUACGAAUCUUGAGUUAUAUGCAAUGUUAUCCAAUAACACGGCGGUCUGUAACAUUAUUAUUUGAGUGUGUAUUUAAUAGGACUAAGCAGAAAAUUUCUGGCUUCGUUUGUUUGUAUGUUAAUGGUCAUUUUGACCUGAACAACGCAUUGCUAACGUUAGUUUGUUAGCAAUGCUUGUUGUUUACUGUCACCACUGUGCUUCUGUACGGAUUUUUACUGUACGUUCAGUUGAGAUAAGGUGUUCCUCACGUUGACAAGAUGUUCCUGGUGGGGCUGACGGGAGGCAUUGCUUCAGGGAAAAGCACAGUGUCUUCAUUGCUGCGAGAGCUUGGCUGCCCCAUUAUUGAUGCUGAUGUUGUGGCCAGGAAAGUUGUGGAACCACACACUCCUGCCUACUCCCGCAUUGUCUGCCACUUUGGGCCAGAGAUCCUCCUCGAAAAUGGGGAGAUUGACAGGCAGAAGCUGGGCCAGCUCAUCUUCACCAGCGAGGAAAAGAGGAGGCUGCUGAAUUCCAUCACCCACCCAGAGAUCCAUAAAGCGAUGCUCAAACAGAUCCUGUUCUACUUUCUCAGAGGGUACCGCUAUGUGGUGCUGGAUGUGCCCCUUCUGUUUGAAACCAGACGCCUCACUCGGUUUCUGAACCACACAGUAGUAGUUUACUGUGACCCUGCCACUCAGCUAUCGCGCCUCAUGCAGAGGGACGGGCUGACGCUAGAGCAGGCGGAACAGCGUGUGGCUGCACAGAUGCCGCUCAAUGAAAAGCGUGGCUUGGCCAAUCAUGUUAUUGAGAACUCAGGCAGUCGGGAGGACACCCACCGGCAGGUCCUGCGGCUUCACGCAAAGCUGGAGGACUCGAUGGACUUCCUCUUAGUGAGGGUCAUUGCUAUUGCUGCCAGUGCUGGUCUGAGUGGGAUACUGCUGUAUGCUGUCAAGCUACUUUUGUCCUAACAGAAGUAAGAAUGGGGGGAUAAACAGUUUUGGUUAAAAAUGUGGUCAAAGGUGAAGAUGUGAAUAGAAGCAGGUGAAGACAGGUUGGAGGUUCCAGUGCAAUUUACUGUGAGAAUAGUUUGACCCAGACCUACAGUGCUGUGACACACACUGUUGGCAGUUAAUAUGGCCUUACCUUAUUGAAAUAACUUGCACUGACAUAUGCUUAGUGUGAUGGGUUUCUAUGUGCAAUUUCGGUUGGUUUUCCCUCAGAGACACUAAAAUAUGAAGGUGAUGCCUUAGAGGCUCAAUUUCUGUACAAGCUCCCCCAUUACCAGUGAUGGCAAGUUGUCAGUAAAGCCAUCCCAACUGUAAAGAGAUUUUUAUUUUGCUGCACCUUUUACACCUUUUGAAGUCAUCACAAUUAGACAUUUUGGCUGGUUGCAGAAAUUGUAAAUGACACAUUAGAAAGAGCAAAUGAACAAGUUUGUACAUUCUUAAGUUAUAAAUGUGCAGUUUUUUUAAAUUUGAAUUCAUUUGGCACCAACGUUUGCUGCAUUGUUCAUAACAAAAUGCCCCUGCUAUCCCCAGCAAAGAUUGUUUUAAAUUGGAUUCGUUCGUCCACAUAUAAAGAAAGAUAAAGUGGUGAAUAGGAGUGAUCUGAAGCAUACAGAACAUGCUAUGAUUGUAUGGUUAAUGACCUGUAAAAUGAAGAUAUAUAUAUAAUGGAAUGUAUUUGACAAUCCAUUUUUAAUGGGAACAGUAUGAAUUUACAUGAAUUAGCAGACUUUAUAUUGAUCACUGUAUUUUCUUACACUUGAAGCCUCUGUCAAUACUGUUUUUGUUUUUUUUUUAAGCACUUUUUUUUUUUUUAGCACACUCACUUGUAGCUAAAACACGUUUGUAACAUUAGCUGCUAAACUUAAAUAUAAAUGAUCCAGCACCGCUGUUUUCAACUAACAGUUAUCCAUUGGUGUCAGUGUAUGAAUCUGGAAGUGUGUUUUGCUAAUUGUUACCUCUCUCUGAGCUUCACCGUGCAGAUGACUGUGCAGAGUCUGACACCAGGAGACCUGCACCGCACCUUAAAUCUGACUUUAUGACCUGUGAACCACAUGAUUUUGUGACAUUUGAACUAUGGAAGCUGGUCAUGGUUCAGUUUGCAGUUUAGCAAAGUGUGAUGCUGGAGCUUUUAGUUAUAGUAUGUGUCAAGCUUCAGAAACACUGAAUCCUACAUUCUCUAUAAUACAGCUUGACAGCGGAGUAUUUGUUGGACCCGCUCCACCUGGUAAAGCAGGCCUUCUGUCAGACAUUAAGUCCAAUCCAGGAUAACCAUGAUGACAUCAUUAGCUUAUUUUCUCAAGCUUUAGAAAGCUCCUUUCAGGGCCACCUAAAUAUCAUACAACUCUUUUUACUGGUUGUGAAGGGUUAAACAUGAGAAGUAAUGCCUAACAUCAGCUAGAGCUACAACUAUGACUGUCAACAUUGCUUAAUCUGUGGGUUAUUUCCCUAAUUAAUCAGUUGUUUUGCUCAUAAAAUUUUGACCAUAGCCCAUUAGAAUUCCUCAACAGCCCAAGUUGAUGUCUUCAGAUUUCUUAUUUUCUCCAGUUGUCAG